CACCGGGAAGUGAGUCGCGGCUCUGCGCCCAGGCGCGAUGCGACUCUUGCCCGCUUUUCGGCAGGCUCGCUCGCGCGUUGCAGAUAACGUCCAACCCCCACUGUCGCUGGCGCUGCCCCUCAACGGAGGAUAACGACGCACCCCAACCCCCUCUGGAACCCCCACCAAACGUGCGCACUGUGCCCGCCCGCCGGAUGAUGCGCGGCAGACCGACACCCGCCGGCCCCGUAUGCUGCAGGGUGUUCGUAUCUGUUACAAACAUGAAGCUGCACGCCCGUCGCGUUCACGCAGGAGUUCCGCUUCCCCAGAAGGGCCUCCAGUGCGGCUACUGCGGGAACGGCAAACUAUUCUUGACGAGUGCCUCGCGCGCGGGUCAUUACCGUAAAUGUCAGGCGUACCAGCUGGCAAAAAGCGCGCGGGGCACAGUUGCGGAAGGCCCGGAGGACCCUCGCCCUUAUGGGAUCCUCACGGCACAGAACCCACAGGCCGAUGUGACCCCGGACGGGCCCCGGGAGACCCUGUCGCAUCUGAUGUGGGAGAUCCCCGUCUCCGUCGGCUGA